UUUUUUGACCCAACUAAGAUGGGUAUUAGUCGGGAUCACUGGCAUAAGCGAAGGGCCACCGGUGGGAAACGUGCGCCCAUACGCAAGAAGAGGAAGUAUGAGUUAGGGCGUCCCGCUGCAAACACCAGGCUCGGCCCUCAGCGAAUCCACUCCGUUCGUUCACGUGGUGGAAAUACUAAGUACCGUGCGCUGCGUCUGGACACCGGUAACUUCUCUUGGGGAUCGGAAUGUUCAACUCGCAAAACCCGUAUCAUUGAUGUUGUGUAUAAUGCAUCUAACAAUGAAUUGGUGCGUACAAAGACCCUUGUCAAGAAUGCAAUUGUUGUAGUAGAUGCAACUCCAUUCAGGCAGUGGUAUGAGUCGCAUUAUACGUUGCCUCUUGGGAGGAAGAAGGGAGCGAAACUGACUGAGGCUGAGGAAGCUAUUAUCAACAAGAAGAGAAGUCAAAAGACAGCAAGAAAAUACUUGGCAAGGCAACGUCUUGCUAAGGUUGAGGGUGCUCUAGAAGAGCAAUUCCACACAGGGCGUUUGCUGGCUUGCGUGGCGAGUCGCCCAGGUCAGUGUGGUCGCGCCGAUGGUUACAUCUUAGAAGGCAAAGAACUCGAGUUCUAUCUAAGAAAGAUCAAGUCUAAGAGGGCGAAGUAAUAUGUGUAAUCUUAAAUAAACAUUAAAAAUCCA